CACAAAGAAAAACUAUAUUCCUUACAAGAAGCCGCGCCUCCGAAUCCGAACGCAGCAACAGAUAAUAGUACCGUUACAGCCUGCAUAUAUAGAGAUUCAGAAUGCUGGCCAUGACUUUGGGCUUCUCACCACAGUAGACGCAUCCGACCAAGUCAUCGCGUCAACUGAUCUCUCCUCCAAGCCCAACGUCUGAUCCUCACCGACCUUCUUGGCAGACAGCGAAACGAAUCAUUCAACCAGCCCCGACCGACAGAAUACAGAAUAAGCCCUCAUUUUCCCAUGAGGCCCUUUACAGCGAUCGGGGGAUCUCGCUCUGAACCUCCUCCGACUACCGCAACUCCGAGCAAGAGCAUUCUCCGACCUUCGAUUCUCGGACGUCGGAAGAUCGACCAUGUUAGCCCCGACGACAUACCUCCUCCCCCUACUAAGAGACGGAAGGUUCUCAUAGACGAGAUGAACAAUGAGGUUAUUGAAUUCUCGGGACGGUCGCUGGACCAAGUCAAUCAGGAAGUGAGAAGAGCACUCGAGGGCCAUUUGCAGGGCCAGGAUAGCGAUUACGACAGCCUUAAGGAGAUGUUCGCAACUGAAAACCGAAGGACUGGUGCGGACGUCGGGGAGGAUAGCUCGCCGAAGCCACAGGAACUGAAGCGCUACAUUCUGGCGCUGACAAACUGCGUCCCCCUCUUGAAGAAUAGAGCUUGCAACGGGCUUGUCAGGAACAUUCUCCAAGUGUCGUGGCUAGGGCGCGACGAGGAGUUCUAUAAGGUCUACCUCCAACUCAUGGCCGCUCUUGUCAGCUCCCAGGGCUCCUACCUGUCGCUUGUGCUCACCAUGAUGGUGGAAAAAUUCCCCCACACCAGAGCUCGCGACUGGAGCGUCCCCGACUGGGCCGCCGUCAGUCGAGCAGUCAUGCGUGAGCGGUUACAUGCCGGCCUUCGCUAUCUGCUGAAAGUAUUCCCGGCGGCGUCAUCCCUCCUUCGAACCCUCAUCGUCUCCAAGUUCCCCUUCGCCGAUGACGCACCGCGAACUCACGUGGCCUACGUGAAGAACCUGCUCAGACUGGGCGAGUAUGCCGAAGAACUGGAUCUUGAUAUGAUCGACUUGAUUCUCCAACGGCUUGUCGCUAUCGACGUUCAGAUGCAAGUCGACUUGGAAGAUCUAGACGAUGAGCUCACCACUUCCGUUGCGUAUGCACUGGGCCAGUCGUCUCCUUCUGCGUCAUGGGAGGGAGACGAAGACGCCCCGGACGACGACGAAGAUGACAACGAGUCGGUCGACAGCGACGAAUCCGAUCUGGACGAGCACGAGGAGAAGGUGCGCACCGUGAAGGGUCACAUCGAGAAGCUGGACGCUGUUCUGGACACGCUAUUCGAACACUACGCACCGCACUUUGUCGAUCCGGAAUCAGACGAUGCCUAUUACCGAUACGCCCUCCUUGUGCAGUCUUUCGGCAAGAACGUUCUGCCGACAUACAAAUCCCGGCAUACACAGUUCCUGCUCUUCCAUUUUGGCCAAUUGUCUGAUCGACUGCGAGACACUUUCGUUGGCAGCCUGAUGCACAUAUUUACCUCGCAGACGCGGCCGGCAUUCGUGCGACAGGCCGCGGCAACCUACCUGGCCGGUUUCGUUGCCAGAGGAGCGCAUGUACCGGCGGAACUUGUGCGCACCAUUUUCAACCUUUUGCUCGCCAGAAUGAAGGCAUACCGCAUCAAGCACGACGCACAGGCUCGCGGUCCGGAUAUGAAACGGCACCAGCUCUACUACGCACAAGUGCAAGCAGCCCUAUACAUGUUCUGCUUUCGGUGGCGAGAUCUAAUCGUUUCCGCUCCCGAGUUUGUUGACGCCGACGACCCCGCGUCCUACCUGGGCCACGAACUCGGGUGGAUGCAAGGCCUCAAAGAGGAGCUGUCCAGCCACGUCUAUUGCCGAAUGAACCCUCUCAAGAUUUGCUCUCCGGCCAUCGUCGAGGAAUUCGCGACGCUGACGCAUAAGCUGGGGCUCAUGUACAUAUUCCCUCGGGUGGAAGAGAACAAGCGCAUCCGCCUGUCGCAGUUCGUUUCGGACACAUACGGCAAUGGCGGAGCGCUUCGCGAUACCGCGGGCGGCCCGCGGGGCGAGGAGGACCAUCAGCUCGAUCCCUAUUUCCCCUUCGACCCGUACCAGCUACCGGUGAGCAAGCGUUGGAUGCAGGGCAACUAUGUGCAAUACCAGUCGGUCCCGGGGCUGAACGUCGCCGUGGAAGAUGACGACAGCGACGAGAGUGGCGGGGAAGACGGACAUGACACGGACGUGGUGGAUGAUACGGCCACAGCUAGCGAAGACGAGGAGGAGGUCUGAAGCGGGGUGUGUUUCUUGCCAUUCAAACUUCUUUUUCAUGAUAGCGUCAGCCUGGCGUUGGGUUGGACUAAACUUGGGAAGUAUAUCGGAGGGUCUCGUCUCGCAUAUCGGAAAACAGCAAGGGAAUCGAUCAUUUUUGGUCGGGGGCGUUGGGUGCCGAGCUUGCUAACAAUGGUCAAUGUACGGCGGGAAAAGCUACUCGUUUUUGUUCAUAGCGACAGGCCUAUUUGCUGCGAAAUACUACAAAAUUGCCACGGCUCCUUUUUAUGCGUUAGGGGCCGGUUGCGAUGGUGUCGAUGGGAACAGGACAAAGUCAGUGUUCUGUUAUGGUGUUUUUGAUUAUCACUGUCCCCUCACAAACCCAAGACGCAAGCAUCAUGCUUUUUUUUUCAGGCG